UUUAGCUUAAAGUGUCAUUCUAAGUAUGAAUGUGACAAGCACAUAGCGUGUUGUUAUUUUUCUCAGCGAGUCAAAUCCUAAUAAAAGAAUAUAAGCCCCGUCACUAAGCAUUUAGCAGUUGUGGCAUGGUCCUCAUCAUCCACGACUGAGAAAUCGUUAUAAAUAGAGAUAUACGAUAAAGUUAGUCGUAACUAUCUACAAUAUGCGCUGCGGUGGUUGUUGCCGAGUGUAUCAUCCUGUUUUAAAGCUGUUUGGUAUGAUUUGAGGGAGACUUGGCUACUAUUUCUAACGGCCAGGAUGACCGCGUAGAAGCCUCCCCGUCGGUUCGGAAAAACAGUGGUGACAAGUGAUUAGUGACUGGAUGAUGAUACUAAUUGUUUUCUCAGAGAUAUAUGCCAGAUAACUGGCGCAGAUGGUAAGAGAGCCAGAACACAAAAACUGCUGAGGUAUCCAAACUUUGAUGCGUCUCUCACAAUUCCGAGUUCAAAUCCGGCCGAGUUGGAUUGGAUAUCGACUCACACACCCUCUCUAUGUUUAAAUUUUAAAAAAAGAGCAGCAGUAGUAAUCCUGGCAACAACAGCAAGAGGAUAAAUAACUUAAGGAAAAAGAGAAAAGAAAAGAAGGAAAAAACUGAAAGCAAACUUGAAAAAGAAAAGAGUAAAAAUGCGAAUGGCAUUAUAGUGUAGAGGCAGUGUCUGUGUGAAUUUCUAUCAAAAACUAUAAUAACUCAACGCUUUUCAGUCUCUUUAAUGUAAUCUGUGUGCGGUGGUGCAUUCUUCUUCACUAUUAUGGCAACAACAACAAAAAAAGAAGCUGUCUUUAUUAGCAGUAAGAAGUGCUAGUUGAUGGUAAUAAUGAUGAUGAUGUCGAGCUGUGCAGAGGAUACUCUAUCAAAACAACGUUGACAGAGGCUUUUUCCAAUUAAUUACCAAAGGGAAAAAAUUCCAGGCAAACUUUUUGUCUCUGAUUCUGUAAUCAUUAUUUUUGAUUAUAUUUUUUAAAAUUGUUUAUUUUGAUUUAUUUUUGCUUCUCUCAGUCACCGACCGAGAGAAGAUAAAAUUGUAUUUGUACCAAAGUGACGGACAGGACUGCUGACUUCGAAGUGGGCAUCUAACAACAAGUCGGAUUAAAACCUGGAUUUUAGCAGGUUCUAUCGAAAUGGGUAUUGGAACCCGAAGUAAAAGUCAUCAAGGAGAAUGUUUGGGACAAGACCAGGCUUCAUCUCGGGUUUCAAUUGACAGUGGCAAUGGAAGCGAUAAAGGAACGGUUAAAGGGGCGACAAAUUGUAAUGAAGGUUAUCACCACACUACACCUGGAUCUAACAACACUACAACAGCCCUGAGUACCAAUGUUAGUAAUGUGGCUGCGAGCGAGAAACGUCCGACCAAACUUUCUAAAUCGGAUCAACAUCAGACACAGAUCGCAGACGAUGGAACAGGCGGGUCUGGUGGCGAGAACCUGGCCUCGGCUGUUGGCGGCGCAGGCCAUAAUUGUACCACUACCACUACAUCCACUACUUCGACUAGUAGCACUUCUAUUGCGAGUAACAAUGGCAUCAUUGCAUUUACCUUCACAAGAACGAGGGGAAUUAAAAGACCGAAAAGAGAACAGAGGCCUCCUGGGUCUCCAGCCAAGAAAGUUGCUAAAGAAGUUAAAACUGCUACACCAGAAGCUAAGAAAAGGCAAUGGGAAUUGUGGACAGUUGAUGAAAAGAGUACAUUUUUCCAAGCUUUAAAUGAGUGUGGCAGAGACUUUGAUGCUAUACAGAAUAAUUUUGCUCAAAAAUACAAGAAAAAAGGUGCUCUAGCUAUGAUGAUUAAAAACAAAGAGCAAGUCCGCCAUUUUUAUUAUAGAACUUGGAAUAAAAUUUCUAAAUAUAUUGAAAUGAAAGACGGUAUCAAAAAGCAUGCUCUUGAAGUUUAUGGUUUAAUACAUUAUGGCGAAAUGCGAAAAAGGCUUGGAGGGAUGAGAGCUGAUAAAAAUCUACACAAAUUAAAUGAAUUCAUUCAAGAAGGAUCUACAUUGAUAAAAAUUCGAAGGAAAAGCUUCAGAAUUCGAACACCAUAUUGUAAUGCAUUAAAGAAAAUCAACAAUGUUGAAGGUAUCACAUUGAAAGCUAUAAAAUUACAAGGAGUUUGUAAAGAAAGUUUGAACUCGUUUGAUGAAAGUCAGAAGCAGCUUGUAUUAUACCCUCAUAGGUCCAGUAAAUGCUAUCCAGUUUCUCUUCAAGCAAUAGAAACAGCACCAAAACCUGAUCUGAAGCUCAGUAACUAUUAUACAAAUAUAAAAGCACAUAAAACCAGGAAAAUGCCAAUAGUAUCUACAAAUAAUGAAAAUUCCUGCGAUGCUGCUUUUGUACAGUCACCAAAAUUAUCCUCUGAAAAUGCCAAAGAUGAUGGAAUUCUUUCAGGUUCUUUCAUAAAAGAAUCCGAUGGUCCAGUAACAGUUUCAGGAACAACAGAUUUUGCUGAUGUGAGUUCUGACAAUGCAAUGUUUCCCGAUACUAUGAUGUCACACAGCAGCAACGUUUCUGAAAAUUCUAGUCAACCUGUGUUGAAUUCUGCAGAGAACAAAACACUAGAAAUGUCUCCACAAGUGUCUGAAAAAAAUGAUGAAAAUAAGUCUGCAGUAACAUCUUGCAACACAUCACACACCACAACAGUCACAUCAAACAGUUCAUCUGUAGCCCCUAAUACAACAGACAUUCGUACUUCUGAAGAUUUAGAAAAAAUAAAAAUAAAGCUUCUUGAACAAUCUAAAAAGGGGUGGACAAUGAAAGAAGCCGAGAAUUUGACAGUUGCUCAGCUUUUUCUAAUUUUUGGCAAAGAUGAACCAAUAAGACUUGAAUAUGAUUGGUCAAAGACAUCUCCCGAUUCUAAAGAUAAAUUAUAUGAAUCUUACACUAUCAUCAAUAGGCUGCGAAGACUUGUACAUUUGGCAACAAUGGAAUUCACGGACUAUGUUAAAGUUAAAGCACCAAAGUCAAAUGAAAAACCAAAAAGUGGAAAGGCUAACAGUGCUGGCUGCGAAGUUUGCGAAGCUUGUGGCAAACUAUUGAAUCCUUCGGAUGCAAAAACUAAUUCAAAGUUUGUGAACAAAAACAUCAAUAGGAACACUUGUCUUCAAAAUAAUACCAAAAAUGGUGCAAUUUAUAAGGAAUCUUGUGGAAAUUCUGAAAAUGCUGUUAAACGUUCACAUGACAAAAAAGAACAAAAAACAGAAGAAAAAAACGAUGAUUCUGAACGUGUUGAUGGAGUUUUUCGAGUACCUGUGAUACCAGGAAAAGGGCCACUGCCACAAACUUUUGUUACAAAUGAAUACAUAAAUAAAUACAGACCAACAAGGUAUCGUAGAAAAUUGCUUCAUAGUGCACAAAAGCCUGUAUUCUUUCAACGGACUCUUCUUCCAAAGGAAAACCCACACAUGAUGACACUGACGUUGUUGCCAAGUGCAACACCCGGUACAGUCGAUGCCUCAUUCCUUCCUGUAAAUAAUCGGACUAGUACUGUGAUUCCUACUAGGGAUGUUUCUUCUUUGUCUAAUACUUACACUACUCAGGUAUUAACACAGCCAAUUGUAAGUACUCUUUCUGUACACAACCAAAACAGUCCUGUGAUAGUGCAAGGAACAGUGCAGACUUCAGUUGGACUAGCUGCAUCAAACACUUCUUCAGCUUCUAUGUCUGCAGCAACUGCUGUUGUAACCAAUUCAUUCAACACAGCAAUAACUACUGGUUUGUCAAAUUCUUCAACAUUAGCAGUUAAUACCAAUUCUUUAUCAGUGAAGUUACCAGUUGGUGUACCUACUUCAGUGGAAGUUCCAUCUCAAAUUUCAACCACUCCUCAAGAAAUGAUUUCACUGAUGAAUACCAGUUCAACUACAACAGAUACCUCUGCAACCACUUCUUCAUCGGGGACCAAAUUAGGUUCUUCUCCUCCGAAUAUUUCUACACUGUUUGAUAUUUCUUUAUCUGACGUUUCUAUGUCCAUGCUAGAAGGUUCUGAGGCAAAAGCGCCAACCACUGACAGUGGUUUGACUACACCUCCUUUGAGUACAGAAUUUAGGAGCCAGACUAGUCCUUAUUACAGUCCCUUUAAGUUCAACUCAGAUAAUAACUGGAUUCUUGGAGAAAUGAGUGAUCUCUCUCUUGGCAGCCUUCUGAAUGACUCACCGAUUAAGAGGGUUUCUACUUCUGAAACUUUGCCAAAUAACACUGUAAGCACCACCAGCAACAGCAACAGCAACCUUACACUUAAUAGUUUGUUCAAUGAUUGGUCUCGAGAUUCUUCAACAUCAAGAAUGGAUUUGGAUACCACGUUACAGAUGAUUAUGAAUGAAAACAGUAUGGACUAUGUGAGCAAAUUUGCUGAACUUGCUGAAAAAGUUGCUGCGUCCGAUGCAUCUGCUGCUGGAACAACUCAAGCUGCCGCAGCUAUGGUGUCUGCUAGGAACUCUUCCACUGAGGAAGAGAACACUGGUCUACAACAAAUCAGGACGUUACCAUGGAAACUUUGAAACUAUCAAAAAAAACAAAAAAAAAUUUUUUUUUUUUAAAUUUAAAAAUAUAAGGCAGCUCAUGACACGUGUGUGCAAACACAACUUGUUAUCAUUGACACAAAUGCAUACACAUCCCCACACCUUGUUUGUGUGUGUGUAUA